AUGCCCUCCUUCCGCGCAUAUCUCACCUCCUGGAUGGUCUGGGGAUACUACUACCGCCGAAAACACGCUACCGAGCAGGAGCUCCUCCUCAGUGUCAGAGACAACUGGAAAGGCAAAUUCGCUGAGGAGGUCGUUCCUCCCUACAUCUCAUCUGCUACAGAGACGAUUGCUGUCAGCGAGGAAAAGUUCAAGGGGGAUGGGAAGGGCGGGCAGGAGUGGAAAGUCUUUCAUUGUGCUGUCCCUUCCGGUCGAGGUGAGGUCGGUGCGGCGGACAAGGUGGUGAUCUACUGGCAUGGCGGCGCCUUUAUACACGCUGCCGCAUCGCAGCAUUGGGGCGCAGUCCACCGGAUCGUGCGAGAUCACCAUACCCCCGUCGUCUUCCCCCACUACACCCGCGUACCCCUCAGCACCGCAGACGACUGGUGUCGCAAUGCUCUCCAGUUUGUGCUCAGCCUCGCCUCGGAUCCUCGAUACGCCGGCAAGAAGCUCGUAUAUAUGGGCGAUUCAGCGGGAGGUUGGAUGAGCCUCAGAUUCAGGAUGCUUCUGUGUGGGAUUCUGCUGCGCGAGGAGGAAUUGAGCGGGAUGAAGAUAGGGGAGGAUACGAGACGGAGGGUGAAGGAGCUACUGGAUGGAAUGGGCUCCACAAUAAUGAUCAGCCCUGUGGUGAACUUGGAGAUGUCAGAUGCGCUAGAGGAGAAAGACGCUCUAGACCCUUGGCUCAGUAUCGCCAUCUUCCGUAUCAUGCGCCGGAUCUGGAUACGCGGUCCCUCCUGUUGCCCCGAAAUCGACUUUGACCUCCCCGCCGAGCGGCCCGCCAUCGCCUCUCAAUCUGACAGUACCGACGCUCUCUACUCGGACGGCCGAUACUCGCUCAAUAACGGUCUGGACGUCUUCAAGCGGUACCACGACGUGAAUCCCAGUACACCGCCGUUCCACCUACUUACGAUGAUUGGCACUUACGAUCUUUGCCAUGUUGGGUGCGAGGAUAUGCAAGCGAGGCUGGAGAAGCUGGGGAGUAAGGUGGUUAAGGCGGACUACAUUGAGGCGGAAGGUUGCGUCCAUGUCUAUCCGAUACUCACCAUGCCCGAGGCGGAGAUGGCGUGGGUCAAAAUUGGGGAGCUUUUGAGAGAGUAG